CGGGGCUCGGAACUCCUCGCCGGCCCGACGUGCGGAGGCGGCCGGCCCGCCCGCAGGCUCCGCGGCGACCCCAGGAUGCCGGAGGCCAGGAGCUCCGGCCAGGACCUCAUGCGAUGGAAGAAGAAGCAGCCGGUGCGCCGCUCGGUCAGCCAGAUCUCCCCGCCCCCGCGGCGGCCCCUCACCCUGGCCGACAUCCGGCCCGGCAUGGAGAACGAGAGGCUGGGCGUCGUGCGGGACUCCAUGUUUCAGAACCCGCUCAUCGUCAAGGCGGAACUGGGCAAGCCCCGGGAAAGGAGCUGCAGUCUGCCUGGCGUCGACUUCAACUACGGACUCUACGUCCGGGGGCUGGACGGAGGGGUCCCCGAAGCCAUCGGACACUGGAACGUGCUUAAGCAGCAGCCCACCUGCCCCCACGAGCUGACCCGGAAUUUCAUCGCCAUGAACCGCGGGGCCGUGAAGGCUGGCCUGGUGACUGCCCGGGAGAACUUCCUCUACUGUCAGUUCAACGACAUCCGCAUCAGCGACCAGGAUGACCGGCGCGUGAAGAAGGAACCGCCCUCUCUCCCUCCAAACAUGACAUUUGGGGUCCCGGCACGGCCUUCGACGCCUUUAUUUGAUCUGCUGCAGCACCGCUACCGGCAGCUAUGGAUCCAGGAACAGAAGGCCACCCAGAAAGCCAUUAAACUGGAGAAAAAGCAAAAGGUGAUCCUGGGCAAGCUGUACGAGACCCGGAGCAGCCAGCUGCGCAAGUACAAGCCGCCCGUGAAGCUGGACGCCCUCUGGCGCAUGCCCCACUUCCAGAAGGUGAGCCGGCAACUCGACACGUUCCCCACCGAGGAAGAUCGCCAGAGGGCCUUCAAAGCCCACCGGGAAGAGCACGCCGUGCGCCAGGGCACCCUGCGGAUGGGCAACUACACCCACCCCUAGCCUCUUGCCCGCCAGGGGAGCCCUUCUCCCGCAGCCCCAGCACACACGGGCUCUCCUCUCUCGCCCCACCUCCUCCACCCCUCCUCCUUCACGCAGGCGCUGCCGCCGCUGCGAGGACCUCAGAUUCAGGUCUUAGGUUAAUUAUUUUUGAUAAGAGUCUCCCUUUUUAGGUUAGCCAACACUAGUCUUGCCGUGGCCCCAGUGACCCUCCCUGGGGACUCCUCCUCCUCCUCCUCGGCGGGCAGGCUCACCUGCCUCUCUGCUCGAGCCCGCAGCUGACAAGAUAAACCCAAAUUACAAGGCAGGUUUUUAGACUCCAGGCUCAGGGUCGAUUCCGUGGCUCUGCCCAUUAAGUGUUAAGAACAACCCGUGUAUUUCCUGCGGAAAGCGUGACAGUGACAUGCUUUGAAAGCCCUCAUUUUAUAUUCCAAACAUGAGUUUUAAUUGCUCUUUUUGGGAUGCCUGAUGUCUCGCCACGGCAGUAUUAUCUCUCUGGGACCCCUGACAGCAGGAAGAGCCAAUGGUUCAUUACUCAGGCCUGUCCCCUUCCUCAGCACAGCGGCCCUGUCAAUCUCCUCGGAGGUAGACUCCGGACAGUCAGCCCGUCCCCAGGGAGGGAGCCUGAGGGAGCCUUCCUUCGGGUGACUAAGCUACGCCGGCCGCAGAACUUCCCGCCAGACACCUGGGCGCUUCCUCACUCCGUCUUCCUACGUGUUCUUUGGCUUCCCACAAAUUAUAUGCUGGUCUAUUUUAAUAUUAAAAUGCUAUUUGACUCCCUA